UUCUACAUUCUAUGACUUGUGUUCACAUCAGAUAGACGACUCAUAGGAUGGAAGUCAUGAGAAUAUAAGCAGAAAUACAGGAGGAUUAAAGUGAACACACAAUUCAAUGGAUUCACAGAUUUAAGGCAGACAUUUUCUCAAAUGAACAACUCUGUAUACAUAAUAUGAAAGGGAGGUAAAGUGGACAUGAACUUAUAGAGACUAAGAUGGUCAAGGUCAAUGAGGCAGAAGUUACAAUUGUGCCAUUUGACCCAGAUAAACAUGAUUGGAAAGUGGUCCAAAAGGUGGCAUACUUGGGAAAUACUGAACCUGUCCAAGAUGCAUUAUUAUUACAACUGUUUAAUCUUCGUCUUAUGGUCCCUCUAUUGAUGUCCUCUCUUGCUGUUGGUAUCUCUACAUCAUUGUGGUAUCUAGGGAUACUUGCAUUUCUCUCCCAAUGUCUUGGAUUUUAUCUUUACAAUAUGGAGUAUGUUGUAAAGUAUCAACUAUUCUCAACAUAUGCUGACUAUAAUGAGAAAUUCACAAAGUUUUGGACAACAUCUCCAAAUUCAUUGUGGGUAAUGGAGUAUCAAGGGAACAUUAUUGGAACCAUUGGAUUAAAGUUAGAUGAUAAAUAUGAGUGGGAAAUUACCAGAGUUGGAGUUAAGAAGAACUAUAGAGGAAACAAACUGGCUAAAUUACUCUUAGGGACUGCUUUCAAUCAUUCCAAACAAAAUGGAUAUAAAACAAUAACUCUCAGUGUAUCUGAAGUAUAUGGACAUGUUGCAUGUAAAUUAUACACGAAAAUGGGCUUUAAAGUCUCUGAAAUAUUCUGUAUGCCAAUUCCACAUUUUCCAGUGUUACCAUUAGUACCACCAUCAAAAAUGGUCUCAAUGAAAAAGGAUAUCUGAUUUGGAUUUUUAAAUGAAUUGCCUUUGAUCUAAGAACAUACCAAGUUAUACAUAUUCUGAUUUUAUAUAUAUGUGGAUAGCCUAAGCAUUACGCAAUUAGAAAAAGACUACAGUCACACUAAUUUGACUUGAUUUUUGUUUUGGCCUAAUUAUAUAACUCCACUUGCGAAUGGCCCAGUUGUUUAUAAAUGUAGGAAGUUCUUGUUUUCUUUGGUCUCCUUUUUUCUUUGAAUGUAUACUUAAAUAAUGUAUACUUAAAUACAAAACUGUGAACU